CCAUUAAUUCACGUUUCUUUACCCUAACAUUUUCACCGCUCCAACGCAGUCAUCGUUGUUUUCUCGAAUCUGGCCAUCCUCAUCUACCUCGCAGCGUCGGUGCCCUAUCUUCUGUUCCUUCUCUUUCCCGUGCUCGGCGCGCAGGCGGCGGCCCCAUCUUUCGCUUCCUCCCUUCCUCCACCACCACUCACCCCUUGAUCCGUUCCGCCUCCUAAAUCCGGCGAUGCCAAGCAACCCCACUCAUGUCGUUCUCAAAACCCUACCUGACUAAUCCAUCUAAUUACAAGGUUGUCGGCUUUGCGUUGGGAGCACCGGGUCAGGGGACGGGCAAAGGAUCAGAUCGACAGCCGCACGAGCAUUGAGCAAUAUGGCUGCUAUGUAGGAUGCAACUGGACAUCACCGUCCGCCCGUCUAGCUGUUGCUGCGGAAGUCCCGAUGCUUCAUGCCACCGUGAUGGUGGCUGGUUGAUCUCUGUCAGUUUCUACUACUACUUUAAUGAUGGGAUAUCAAAAGCAGCGAAGAGGCCUGGGCUUUCAAUAACUAGAGAAAGCCAGUGCUCAAUGGUGCCAUCCGGUUUAGCCGCACCAGGUUCAGACGGCUAUAAAAGACCCCCAGGCCACCAAGGAUUAGGUUUCAGCGGUGGUGGUGGUUCCCUCGGGCGGGUGAGAGGGACAGCGGUGUCCUCGGGCGUGCGAGCGACGACGCUCCCAAGGGCUAGCAGCGGUGGCGCGUUGAGGCGAGCGACCGGGGGCGACGCUCCUAUAGCUGGCGGGCAAGCAUCGACGGCGCUCCCGAACCGGACGAGCGGCGGCGGCGCACCCUAGGCCCGAUGGUGACGGCGGUCGCGCGAGGCGCGGUAGGCUUCGACAACAGCGACAAUGGAUCUUGAAGGAGUGCACGUGGCGGCAGAUUCCAGAGGCGCGUGUGUAGGAAACGGGUGACGCUUAAGAGGGGGGGUGAAUUAGGACUUCUAAAACUUUAUUCUUCUAGGCCACAAUUAAAUCCCUAGAGCAAAAACCUAUGCAAGUAAUCAAACUAGAAUGUGCAAACUAGGUUUUGUCU